GGCUCAGAUAGCGCCCAAUCCAACUUUUCCACUAUCAGGAAUUUUUUGAAGAACCUCACUCGCUCAUUUAAUGUUUCAAGUAGUGGAACACGUGUGGGAGUCAUCAUUUAUUCGACGAAUGCAUCCUUAGAUAUUACUCUUGACCAGUACUCAAAUGUCAGCGAUGUAGCAGAGGCAAUUGACAAUCUAAUGUACCCUGGUGGUCUAACAAACAUAGGAUUGGCUUUAAAUAAGUCAAUAACCGGUCUUUUCAACAGUAGCAUUGUCCGGCCAAGUGCUUCUAAGAUUUUGCUGGUUAUCACGGACGGUACGUCCACAGAUGACAUCACGGUGCCUACAACACUCUUAGCUGAUACUAAUGUGACCUCUUUUGUUCUUGGAAUUGGUGAUGGCUACAGUAGAUACGAGCUUGACCAAAUUGCUCUUGGAGAGACAAAUCAUGUUUUCACCGCUGAUGUGAAUAACCUCGAAAUGAUCACUACCGUCUUAAGAGAGGCCAUGUGCUUAGGUAAUUAGAUGUUAGAUCGGAAAAAAAUAAUGAGCGACGAGAAUAUAUCGAAAUGUGUUUGUAAUCUUUGGGCUAACCAGGUAAGCCUGGUCACUGAGCUCAUAGGAGAAAGACUGCUGAACGUAAAGAAAGGUCACUUCCGAGUCCCAAAAACCCUCACUUUCAAAAUGAGGCCAAGUGCACCUUUCUCGUGAAAAUGAGUUUUAUUUGUAUGAGAAUGAAAAAUUAUUUUCAUAUCAAAGCCUGAGCACUUAACUUCGUUUUCAUACAGAGGCCCGGGGAAACUCGGAAAUGGCUUAUUGACUGCAACAACCAGUACAGGUUUGUUUUCAAUUCUGUUUGUGUACACUUGCAGAUAAUUCAGACGCAAGACUUUUUCUCGAAUGAUUCACAACCUAAUUAUUCCUUUUUCUUCUUCUUUUUUUUAAUUUUGCGUAUAAAUCAACUCUAAGCUAUUGACAAGUGCGCUGAUAAUCCAUGUCGCUUUGGAGGAAUCUGCAAGGACGGGUCCUGCUUAUGCCCAGAGGGACUGCAAGGCGCAACAUGUGCUGAAGGUAAGUUAUAUUGGGGCCAUUUAUACGAGGAAAAAUAAGACGCGUCUUACAUAAGACGUGUUCUAAAAAGACGCAAACUGUUCCUUGAUAAACGGCAUAUUUCUCCUAAAAUAGGAUGUACAGGUCUUGUAUAAUAACAGACCUUGACACCUGUUUCUCAGCAUAAGGAGGAUGAUGAAGAUGUGUAUGAGGAUGCGGAAUGAGUAGGGAUGAGUAUGAGGAGAGGGACGAGGAUGUGGAUGAGGAUGAGGAUGAGGAUGAAGAUGAGGAUAAAGGUGUAAAUGAGGAUGAGGAUCAGGAUGAGCGUAUGGAUGCGUAUGAGGCUGCGGAAGUGAAUAAGGAUGAGUAUGAGGAUAGAAAUGAGGAUGAGGCUGAGCAUGAAGGAGAAGAUAAAGGUGUGGAUGAGGAUGAGGAUGCAGCCAGAGUGAUGCGGAUGAGGAUCAGGAUGAGCGUAUGGAUGAGUAUGAGGAUGCAGAUGAGGAUUAGGAUAACGGUGAAAAUAAAGUUACGGACAAGGAAAUGAUAUGAAUGUAAUUAGGAUAAGGAUUAGGAUGAAGCUGCAGAUGCAGAUGAACAUGCUGAUGACAUUGAGCGUGAGGAUUGAAUGCGGCUGGAUACGAAUGAAGAUGAAGAUGAAGAUAACGAUGCAAACGAGGUUAAUGAUAAGGAUAAGGAUAAUAAUGAGGAUGAAUACGAAUGAUGAUGAAGAUGAGGAUGCAAACAAGGAUAACGACAAGGAUGAGGAUGAGGGUAAGGAUUAGGAUGAAAAUAACGAUGAAGGUAAAGAUGUAGAUUAGGAUGCGGGUGCUGACGAGGAAAUGGGUGAUGAUGAGGAUCAACAUCCUCAAGAAGAAUGGACUUGGAUACGGAUGAGGAUGCAAGUUUGAAUGCGGAUUUUGAUGAGGAUGACUAUGAGGUUGACGAUGACGUCGAUCGUAAUCAAUCAUCUAUUCAGUAGUUUUCCUUGUAAUCUUUCAGCUAUUCUUUGUCACCUAUUUACUAACCGAGAUGAACUGUAAAUUUACUUCUAAGCUGUCUAGCUAAAUAUGGGUAAAGGAAAACCGUUGAACAAUUCUGAGAUCAAAUGACCAAACUGUCCCUGAUCAAAUUCAUCAUUAACUGGGCUUUAAUAAACCUUUUCUGUUGUCUGUUUUUGAAAGCAAGUAACAUUUACUUUGAAUUAGUCAAGGUCAUUUUAAUCUUGCACUCAAUAAAUGACAAAACAUCACUAUCGAUAUCCAACUCACUAGUUCACUCAAUGAUUGCUUUCCCUAAAUUCUUUUAGUCAGGAAAUGUUCAUUUAGAGCUUUCACUGUUGGUGUAUCUUCGUUUACAGAUAUAAAAGAAUGCUCAAAUACAAGUGUUAGCUGUCCUCCUGGAAGAAAUUGUACAGAGACCUUUGGCGCGUACCAAUGCACUUGCGAAAAUGCCACCACAUUUGGCCAGAAUUGUAGCAAAGGUAGUGAAAUGUCGCUUUUUCAUUUCUUUUAGCGAAAACAAUCCUUUUACCUCUAGACAGGCAGAUAUCGGUAAUUGAUAAUAGAUUAGAUAGAAUUUGGUAAUUAAAAAACCUCUCAAGUAGUUUAAGGCCUGGGACUAAGGGGUCUACUUGUGGAAAAUGAAUUAUUGACUUUAACUCCGGCAUAAAUGAUACCGCUUAAUUAAAAUACACACAUAAAGAACUCAUCGUCCUUAACAUUUUAAAAUAUAAAUAUUGUGUUAGUAAGUCACAUGAUUUUUCACAAGACCAUUUUGCUAAAAAUCGUAAAUUAUUGACAAAUUGGUGGCUGGUUUAAGAAGAGAAAGCGAGCAAUAACAUUUCUCUAAUUCAUAUUAAAUAUUUCUAACACUUCAUGUUUGGAAUGACCGUCCAUUGCACUUCAAUAAAAACUUAUGAGGGUAUUUAGUAUUCCUUGCUGUUCGUGAAGAAAUCACUUCUUAGAAUGACUUAAGAGAUUCGUCACAAACACAAUUUUCUCCUCAAAGAAAUGUGUGUCUCUGCGUUGUAAUGAAUGUAUUUAAUCCUUCCUUCAUUUCUGCGGUUAUUUAUUAAUGUACAUUGUAAGAUGUUUUCAUGUUUCGCCCGAUAAGGUGGAGAGUUAUAUACCAUCACAAAUCACAGCCGGGCUAAUCACGUUUACGCUUGUGACCGUUCCUUCUUGUUCUUUCUCCUUUGCUUUAUCUUUCAAGACGGUAGCAAGGAUGCAACCAUUAUUUUCCUGGUGGACACCUCACGCAACAAUGGUCACGAUAAUAUUGUACUUCAACUGGAGUUUGUCAUAUCCGUAGCAUCCACUCUCUUCUAUGAGAAUAUUGGAGUCAUCGCGUAUUCAACCGAUGCACAUUUUGUGACCAGACCGGGCAAUUCAUCCAAUUUUACUGAUUUUGCUCAAACUCUGCGUACAUUUAGUUACACUAUGGGCAUCAUGACCAAUGUGGGAAAAGCACUGGACAAAGCAAAAGAAGAACCACAGUUGUUCAAUUCUUCCAAGGCAGCCAUUAUUGUCGUAUUGGUGGCCUGGAAGUCAAACGAUGAACUCGGGAUACCUGCCUUUGAACUGAAGAACAGCAGUGUGAAUAUUAUUGCAUUGAGAAUAGGAUCAAACUAUCUCGUGGCUGAUUUGUAUCUUUUGGCCAGCGAUCCUGAACCUGAUCAUAUACUGACGGUGCAGUUUGGUGAUUUAAAGACAUUCGUGACAGUUACAAGGGAUAAAAUAUAUCAAGGUGUGGAACAUAACAUCAACUGUUCAACCUCUUUUUAUUAUUAUUUAUUGAUUUUUUUGUGAGGAAACGUUUGAUUGACGUACCACCGGCCGGAGUUUUGGCACAUGAAGUUGAAAAUAUCGUUACAAAUUACUCCCUUUUUUUAAAAUGGUGUCCAUCUUGGAUUGAAAAUGCAGUCUAAUCUUGGCUUUCUUAUUUUAAAAUAGCUUUUUCCGGCCGUAUAAAAUGUGUGUUAAUGUUAAUUGUAAAUCUCAUUUAAUAUGAUUGAUGGUCCUUUUCUGUCACUGUAGUUGCGAAUCCUUGCUCCAGAGCUAACUGUAAUCCUGGGGAAAGAUGUGUCAGUCUAUAUGGAGUUAAUGCUGGAUUUAAUUGCAUUCCACGUAAGUCAAGUGCACAACCGAUUUUUGCAGAUUGAGGGGAAACUUGAACGUCUACUGAAAAGAAAAACAACAACUGCAAAAACAACAACAAAAACUGAUGUUCUUUGGCAUAAGUGAAAUUGACUCUCUAUCAAGUUUUAGGGAUGCUGUGUUCAUUAUUUGGUUUGGCCGAGUGCCUCGAUCACUUUUAUCAGAUGGUGUUACUAGAUUCUUUGAAGCCCGGCAGAAAAUUAGCUCAUUUAAAUUAUCAUCAACUUCAACGUUUAAAUCGAUAUUGAAAAUGCAGCCACAAAUAUCUUUUCAAACACAUCUUAUCUUUACUUGUCAAAGGUACACCAAUAAUCGUUGGGUCAUGGCUUUUAAAUUGUAUCCAGCUAUUAAUACCUCGAUAAAAUCCCUCUUUUGUUUUAUGUAUCUGAUUUUACAAUUAAAUAGGUACUUUCUUUAAAUUUUCAGUUGUAGCGGCAAGCCUCUGUUAUCCCAACCCGUGUAAAAAUGGAGGAAACUGUACCAUAACCAGGUAUAGUUCUUACAACUGUUCCUGUCCACAUGGAAUAGGAGGGGAGAAUUGCACGGCAGGUAAGUCACUGUGGUUAAUUAAGUUGAUAUCUGAUAAUGGACUCGCAAUUAUAGUACCUUAAGACAAAUAUUUGCAGAGCGUAUCCAACUGUCCAAAUAUGGCCUUAACGGGCUGUUUUGUGACGAUCACGUAACAAAGGGGUGGUGGAAGAGGGGCUGCGGACUGGCUGGUUAUUUUCAUAUGGCCCAUAAAACUGUAUUUUAUUUCCUUUUUAAAGAUAUUUUUGAUGAAUGUUAUUCGGAGCCUUGCCAAAAUGGAGGAUCUUGUGAAAACCUACUUGGUGAUUACAGAUGUAAUUGCACAUCAGGUUUUACCGGAAGGCAAUGCGAUAUAGGUAUGUACUAUUGUAUCUCCUUACUAACCCUUUAAGCCCUAAGAGUGAUCAGCAUCAAAUUUCUCCUUGUAAUAUCAAUGCUUUGUAAAGCAGAUCGAGUGGUCAUAAGAAAUACGGACAUGAUCAAACAGGAUGAAUUUGCUUGAUAUUUUAUCAACUUCUUCUCAUUACUUCUGUAGGAAACGAAUAGGGGCAACAAAUGAGAAUUUGAAAUUUUGAUCUUAGUGACAAUUUGCCCCGAAAUGCUCAUUUUUGGCAAAUCGACAAUUUCAAAUAUUCAAAAUACUUUUCAGAAAUUUCAUUUUUAUGACGUCACACUUUAGUACUCUAUUAAGCGGCCACCCUCGGGGUACCUUCAAGUGGCCGCUUAAUGGAGUUUUAGCCGCUCAAUAGAGGUUCGCCAGAAAAGGGCAUAAUCUUUAGCAAAAACAUCACUUUAUUUUAAAACAAACGCGCGACAGUGGAAACAUACUGGUCCACAAUCGGUUGUCACCUUUUAUCUGGGACUGUCUUUUCCUUCAUCAUAUUCUUAACAUGAAGCCAAACUAAAUGUAUCGUGCGCUUAAUGGCCGUUUUUAAAGGUGACAACAAUUGGAGAACGCUCUUUGGGAAGGUCAAAAGGUGACCGCGGUUUAUUCAUUUUCUUUGUUUCAUGGACUGUUGUUAGGGUCAAGUAUAUUGUUAAGGACGUUUUGUUUUCCCUUGUUUUACACCAGCUGUGUAGAAAAAAAAUGUUACACCGGAUAUUAGAAACAACAAACUAACAAACAAACAAAAACAAAAUAGAAGCAUCGCAAAAAGAAGAUGGUUAAAAAACCCUUUCACAACAGCUUUACCAGUGCCGCCAUUUUGAAUAACACGAACGUUUGUCACGUUGAACUCACUUAGCAAUCUACAUCCUCUCCCUUACUAGUUGUGAGCUACAUUGAGGAAAAAACAAAGAAAUGAAAUGAAUUAAUUAUUUAAAAUAUAAAAAUUUAAAAAAAAAAAAACAUCAAGGAUAGGUGAUUUGGACUUCAAAAAAAGGCCUGUCUUUUGGCUGCAAAUCUGUGUUUAGUUUUAAAUAAGGUUGUACGUUACGAAUAUUUAGGCUGCACAUGUACUUUCCUUACCAUUAAAUUGUAAUUGUAUCAUUCUCAUAUUAUGGUAUUUUGAUUACUUCUUUAUAGUCUGUUCAUUCCAGAAGUUCAACUUGGUGUUCCUAGUGGAUGGGUCCGGUAGCAUUGAACGGCAGGGGUCUGGGAAUUUCCAACGCGCGAAGGACUUCGUAAAAUCUAUUAUAGAGGAGUUUGACAUUAGCAGGGAUGGCACUAAUGUCGCGUUCGUGCUUUUUGCGUCUAGAGUCCAAGUUAUCUUUUCAUUAAAUGAGUUUUACAACAAGGCUCACAUUCAACGAGCAGUCCAAGCCGUACCGUAUCCUGCGGGUGGUACAAAAACAGGAGCAGGUUUGUACAACCAUAAGCGUGUUGUUCAUCGAUUGAUUGAUUGAUUGAUUUGUUUAUUUUCCAUAGGGUGGACGCCAAUCGCAAAAAAAAAUACUAGAUAGAAAAGAUGCUGAUAUAGAGAAGAGCCUGUCAGGCCCCUGAGGCCGAUAUCUGCGUCUUGGCCAUUCCUCAGUAAUGUAGCUGACAUUUGAUGAUGAUGAUGAUGAUGAUGGUAAUCAUCAUCAUCAUCAUCAUCAUCAUCAUUAUCAUCAUCAUCACUAUCCUUAUUACUGUCGUCGCAGGUUUGGAUGUGGUUCGCAGUCAGAUUCUAGCCAAUCUGGGUGAUCGCAGUAAUCUUACAAACAUUGUUAUUGUUGUAACGGAUGGACACUCCAGUGAUGACGUUCGAGUCCCUUCCAGUAGGCUUCGGGAUAUGAAUGUGACGAUAAUCAGUGUGGGAGUGGGUUGCUGCUACGAUAUUUUCAACUUAAAGGAUAUGUCAUCGGAUCCAGACGAGGAUUACGUUUUUGAGGCAAGUUUCACGACCUUGGAUAGGAUCGUCGGUCGCAUGAGACAGCGAAUUUGCAGUGGUAAGUAAAAACGAGUGAAAUAUGAGCACUGGAUGUGGACGUUAAAGGCAGGCACGGUCAAUAAAAUACGUGUCAUAUGAGCAAUAAAUGAAAAAGAAAACUUUAAGAUGUUUUGUACGUGAAAAUAUGGACUGAUAUUGCUUUUCUUCAAUCAACACUUCGGUUGUAACAUUUAACAUUUAUUCCUCUGGCCAGAAUGGGCUCUGAGUCAAUAGCCGAUGAUUGACUCAGAGCCCAUUCGGCUAGAGGAAUAAUUUUUUUAGUAAAAUCCAACUAGUUGGUCAAAAAUAUCGAGACAAAACAACUUUAGCUAACAAGACGAGAUUCAGCCGCCAUUGUUUGCGCUUUCCACUACUAGUAGGAUAUAACAUAUAGCCUAGUAGUAGCUCAACCAAUCAGAACAUAGCAUUGAGAAUAGACCACUAGUUGGAUUUUGCUAAAAUCUCUUACCUGGUAAUUCUUCGCAGUAUUAAAAUUUCUUAUCAAAGUUAGGCUUAAUAUUACUCACACUUUCUUUCCGUUUUGUUAUUGUCUUUCCACUGCGCCAGGUUUAGGUAUACUAGAUAUCAACCCUUCAGCAUGUUUCCUCCUCUUUUUUUUAACCUUUCUUGGAUAAUUUAACGCUUGUUCUGUACCCUGUUCAGUAAAACCACUCCACUAUCCCCUUCACCCUUUUGUACUGCGUUAUACUGUUGGCUUUGAAAAUUAAGACGUAAAUAUUAUGUCACGAGCUCUCUAAGAUCAUAUUAAUACAUCGUCGUUUGAAACACGUGGUGGUUUAACCACAAACUUAGAUUUCACCGAAAAAUCCGAUUCAGUCAGAUAGUUAAGAAACUAGACGUUUUAGACUUGAAAUGUGUUAUAAUGCUUUUCUUUAUUUAGCUAUUGUUCUUAUUCUUUGUACUUUGAAUAGUGGUGGAUCAUUGCUCUCAUAAACCUUGUGCUAAUGGUGGAACUUGCACUAGUGAGCCAAGUGACUUUAUCUGCAAUUGUACAGCACCAUGGACAGGAAAAGAUUGCUGGACAGGUUAACUGUUUGAGUUAUAUAUCUCAUAUUGCAGUCGAUUUAUAAUUGUAAUUGAACUGAGUGGAGUGCAAUUUGUAGAGCUAAUCAUAUCAUUUCGGUCCCAUUAUGUCCAGAAAAAAAAGAUUAACAUCUACUUUUCACGGUCACACACAUUUAGGAUGCUAAUACGGUACGUGUGCAUUCUCAGAACCAUGUUUACUAUAUGUAUAUGUCCGCUAUCAACGUUUUAAUAAAUACUUUCAAGGAUAAAUCGCCCACGCCACAUCAUCACGCCAAAUCGCUUAAACGCUGUUAUGCUCUUUACAAGAUUCACAAGAAAGUAUUGACUUGGACUGUUUUCUAUUAGAUGUGGAUGAAUGUGCCCUGAACAUAACCCAGUGCUCGGAUAGCCAGCUUUGUCACAACUUCCCCGGGGGAUCAUCAUGUCUUUGCACUGAUAGUCGGUACGGAGUCAACUGCUCUACAAGUGAGUAGCUUAACUUUGAAUCUGCACCCUUCCAAACAGCGAUUUUCUUAGAGACAAUGUAAUUGGUGUCCGCCAUGACGACUGCCAAGAAGCACCGUCCACAUCCCAGUCACGAUGCAAGACGAAGUAUCAAGGCAGUUUGGCGAACAAACCUCUAGCAAUUUCGACGAAGGAGGCUCAUCAGUGCCUCUUCGUUUUAGGCUGUCGUACAAUUUCUUUUCUUUUUUUGCUUUUUACCAGAAGCCGAGUGGUUGUUAUAUGAAAUAUGUCAUUUGUAUUAAUUACUCGUCAUCGAGAUACUUUAUGAAUACUGAUAAAAUGUGUUACUUUUAGAUUGUAACUUCACAAAGAUCGAUAUUGGAUUUCUGCUGGACAGUUCAAGAAGCAUAAAUAGUCAAGGAAGAAUGAACUAUCAGAUUCUGAAAGACUUUAUAAAGGCAAUAGUAAAGUCGGUUAAAAUUGGUCUCAAUGAAACCGAGCUCGGUGUGGCAACCUAUUCAGAUUUUAACAAGUUCCAACUACAUAUCAACUUCUCAUCCUACUCAAACACCUCAGAAAUUGUGAAGGCCGUGCAGAGAAUCCCUUAUGAUGCUGGCGAUACUUAUACGGGGAAUGGCUUAAAUCGCAUACGAACUGAACUGUUCUCACAAUCUAGAAAUGGAAUUCCGAAGAUUUUGAUUGUAAUUACUGAUGGGCAGUCCCAGGAUAGCGUUGAAACUCCUUCAAGCAGUCUUCGUGCAAUGAAAGUCCACAUCAUGUCCGUAGGGAUCGGAGAUGUGGUUUAUACACAGCUGGCAAAUAUGGCUACGGAUCCAGACAACCAAAACGUGUUCACAGCAAAUUUUAGUUCAAUCCAUGAUGUUGUUGGAUCCAUCAUUGAAAACAAUUGUAGGGGUAAGUGCAAAAUGUCCCUUGGUGGAGGUGGGUUAUGGGUGUUUCUUUAGGGAUUGGAGCUCCUACUCAUCUCAACCCAAAGGAAGCGAAAUUCUGACAUGUCGGAGCUACCAAGAGUUUUACAAAUGUUAUACCCCAUCUACGUCCAGAAUAGAAGAGGGUGUUGUUGUUAUUGUUGUUAAAUCGCCAAGUUGAUGAAUAGAUAGUAGUGAAACCUUGUAAACGUAAAACCGAAGUGAUGCGCUAUUAAUGUCUCGUACGUCACCUUUACUUUAGUUGCAGAUCCUUGUCAACCCCACCCUUGUCAGAAUGGAGGCACGUGUCAUGUUUUGGACGAUCUGCUGAAUUUCCAUUGCGAAUGCCCCGCUGGUUGGAAGGGAACAACUUGUGAAAUAGGUAGAACCAAACGAUAUGUCUGUUUUCCCCACCCGUGUUUGACAACAGAACCAGAACGCUGAGUGAAAGCUAAGAAGAAUAUAACUUACGUUUGUUCUGGACAAUAGAUUAAGCUAUUGGCCUCCAAAGCUUUACUGUAAUGUUUUGUUUUUUUGGUCAUUUCAACUUUUUACGAAAAAAGCAUCUUUACGCAGAAAGUGGACCAGCUCGCAAACAGUCUUAAGUACGCUAUACAAUUCCAUUCUGAAAGAACAAGUAAUUAUAAGAUGCCCCAAUAGUAGGACAAAUCGUUAAUCAAUUUGGACAGUAAAGUAGAUCUCCCUUCAGAUAGCUCGGUAUACGACAACAAGAGUAUUUGUAUUGAAAACAUUGUAAACAGGCUUAUCUACGAAAUUGUUACUUACUUCACUCGAACACUUUUCAGAUGUCGAUGAAUGUCAAAACAGUCCUUGCAUCAAUGAUGCUCUUGGAUGCUCGAAUACAGAUGGCAGUUAUGAAUGCAACUGUAACCAAGGCUAUACCGGGAGAUUUUGCCAGAUAGGUAGGCUAUUCCACUAUAUAAAUCAAUUAAACUUCCGAUUCUCAGUUCCUCAUAGGUUUUGGGUAUUUAUUCCUUAGGUAUCCUGAAAAAUAGAUUUGACGUUGUUCUUCUUUUGGACGGUUCUUCCUCCUUGGGAAUUGCUCGGUUCCUGCAAACCUUGUCUCUCGCAAAGGACGUCCUGUCACCUUACAACAUUUCUCGAGAGAACACAAACGUGGCCGCUGCAGUCUACGCAUACAACACCACCAUCCACUUCAACUUCACACAGUAUUUCAGCUACGCAGCUGUAUCUUCCGCAAUUGAUCUAAUUCCAUACCUCGACCAGUUACCCGCAAACCUUUCGUUGGCUAUGGAAACCGUCAACAGAACCAUCAUUUCGUCCAGCCGAGAGAACGUCACAGUCGUGAUAGUGGUUUUCGUAACCACCGCCUUGAGUGGAAAUUGUCCAGUGUGUCAGACACUUCGAGACCAAGGAGUUAAAAUAAUCACGGUUGGUAUUGGUGAAGAUGUUGUAGACAGUCAACUGGUAUCGAUAGCCACCAACCCAGCGGAAGAUUUCGUAGUGGUUUUCCCCUUUUUGCACAUUCCCACGAUGUCAGGGGUUGUAAGCGGAGCAAUUGCUCAAGGUAAGAGAUUUAUCUAA